CUGAUACACAUUUCCGUGGUAUUUUUAGCUGCUUUGAUGUUUGGAGAGGGAGGAAAAUAUAUUUGUUACCUCCAAAACAUGAUUUAUCUUACAUUAAAGCCUUCCCAAGGCUGAAGGCUGAUGGUAUGCUUGGACUGGGAAUGUUAAGUGCAGUACUGGAAGGAAAAGACCUCAGUGUUUUUUUGUGAUAAACUGAUAUCUGUAUUUUCCCCCUAGAUGUGCAAAUAAACCAAAGGAGGUUAAUAGAUCAUAUCACGGAAUUAUGUGAAAUUAAAUUUAAAAUUAGCAUUUUUACUCCCGGCAGUCAUUAACGUUUGAUGUUCCGUGGCCUUGGGCUGCAAGUGUUUACAUUUUUAUCUGUACUCUCUCUCAAAUUAAGUUGUCAAAACAUUUGCUAAACUUAGGAGGAGCAGCUGGGAGCAGAUUGCGAGCAUCUUUAGCCAGCAAGAAUAUUUGAACAGAUGUAUUAAUACGAGUAUUCCAUCUUGGAAACUGCUGAUCGUACAGGUGCAGAAUUGCUUUCUCUCCGUGAAUGGUUUUCAUGUUGUGUUGUUCACUCUCAGAUGCUUUCUUUGGAAUCCCGACACUCAGAAUGGUUAAUGCAAAGCAAAUGUCAUCUUGUUUAUGCGAUGCCAUUUUUCCACUGUCCUAUAUAUUACUUAAAAGAUCUGCCUGUCUUCCAGGGCUGCUUUCUGCUUGCUAACUAAUGAGUUCCCCGACACCGUCAGUGCGCUCUGUUCGUUCUCUCUUCAUGGCAGUGUGGAAGGAGCAGCCCGGUGAUGUGUCAAGCGAGCAUUAAAAUGAACCUGCCCAGAGCCCAUAGCUCACAGAGCCGCCAGGGACGAAAGAGUGGUGUGUCCCAAAACUGUCAGGAACUGGGAUCAUAGAAUCACAGAAUUGUUAAGCGAGCAAUCCUGCUGCAAGGGUUUUAUUGAGCAAAAAGAAAUGCUUACACUGAAAAAUCCGAGCCUUGGCCAAAGCGCAACUGAAACGGAGAGAACGCUUAGGAAACAUUUGUUAAACCCCAAGGACCUUUACGUGCCAUGAACCCUGAUUUAUUUUGGAUCAGGAUCUCCAUGGCACGUGAACUAGAAAGUCACCUGAAAUAGAAGGUCUCUUUAUUUUGAAGUGACAGUCUUUCUCAAAAUGGUUGGAAAACUCAAGCAGAACUUGCUGUUGGCGUGUCUGGUGAUCAGUUCAGUGACAGUGUUCUAUUUGGGCCAACACGCCAUGGAGUGUCACCAUCGAAUAGAGGAGCGCAGCCAGCCCGCGCGGAUGGAAAGUGUGAGAAGCACAGUGAGAACUGGUUCUAACGGAAAUGCAAAUAAAACCUUUGCUUACAACAAAGACAUGCCUUUAAUAUUUAUUGGAGGAGUACCUCGAAGUGGCACUACGUUGAUGCGUGCCAUGCUUGAUGCUCAUCCGGACAUUCGAUGUGGAGAGGAGACGAGGGUAAUCCCACGCAUUCUGGCAGUUAAGCAGAUGUGGGCGAGAUCAAGCAAGGAGAAGAUCCGGCUGGAUGAAGCUGGAGUCACCGAUGAGGUUCUGGACUCAGCCAUGCAAGCGUUUUUAUUGGAAAUCAUCGUGAAGCAUGGGGAGCCUGCGCCUUAUUUGUGUAACAAAGACCCCUUUGCUCUAAAAUCCUUAACUUAUCUUGCUAGAAUUUUCCCCAAUGCCAAAUUUCUUCUAAUGGUACGGGAUGGCCGUGCGUCUGUACAUUCCAUGAUAUCUAGAAAAGUCACGAUAGCUGGGUUUGACCUCAACAGCUACAGAGACUGUUUGACCAAGUGGAAUCGUGCUAUAGAAACUAUGUAUAACCAGUGUAUGGAGGUUGGCUUUGAAAGAUGUAUGCUGGUCCAUUAUGAACAGCUUGUAUUGCAUCCUGAAAGAUGGAUGAGAACUCUCUUAAAGUUCCUUCGCAUCCCAUGGAACCAAGCAGUGCUGCACCACGAAGAAAUGAUUGGAAAAGCCGGGGGUGUUUCUCUUUCCAAAGUUGAAAGAUCUACUGACCAAGUCAUCAAGCCGGUCAAUGUGGAAGCGCUGUCGAAGUGGGUUGGGAAGAUCCCUGCUGAUGUUCUGCAGGAUAUGCCGGUGAUCGCACCCAUGCUAGCAAAGCUGGGCUAUGAUCCGUAUGCCAAUCCACCGAAUUAUGGGAAGCCAGAUCAAAAAGUUGUGGAAAAUACCAGAAGGGUCUUUAAAGGUGAAUUUCAGCUUCCUGACUUUCUUAAAGAAGUGCCACAGCCAAAGAAGACAGUAGAAAGGAGGUCUCGUGGCAAGAUAAAAUGAACAUGGAUCAGUAAAGUCAAAUAGCUAUAACUGAACCCAUGGAAUAGAAGAUGCAAUGGAUAUUUCUUGCACAGAAGAAGAACACUGCUGCCUUUUCAAUGGAAGUGAUGUUACAAGGACUGUCCCACUGAGAUCAAUGAGGUGUACUGCUCAUGGCCUGCUUUUCUCACAGUUCUCUACCCCAUUACUUUCCUGCUCUUUUCUUUUUGUUCAAGGUUUUGUUGUUGUGAGCGCAUGUAAACCUGUUUAUAAAAAAAACAAAAACACUAAAAAAAUCACUGUUAAGUGUAGAACUGUAUUACAUGUAAACAACUACUUCUAAGGAUUUAAAAAACGCAGAACAGCGCCUGUGUCUGAAAUUGCCAUUCUGUCGUCUUAAUCCCAAUCCUCCAUCCCCAAGGGUCUUUUUGUUUCUUAUUUUAUUUUUUUUCUCCCAUUAGCAGUUUGGUUUUCAGUGUAUGAAGCUUUCAGAAGGGUGGUCUGUGCUCGUCCUAAACGAUUUUUGGUGGAACAGUUUUGUUUUAUUGACGUGUGGAAAUGGUUUAAAUAUCUUUUAUUUAAAAAAAAAAAGAUAAAUGACAUGUACAAUUACAAUUCAAUGAUCUUUUGUAUUUUAUUUUUCAAAAUAAAUGCUUUAAAUGUGA